UCACAGUUUCAAAACAGCGACUGUUGAAGAGUGAAGGGCAGAAGUUUGUUGUAUUUGUUUGUAGCGUUCACAUUUGCAUACUUUAAUUAAUUCACCUAAUAUGCAAGGUUUGGUAGCCUGGUCGGUGUAAGAGAAUAUUUACGCUUCUCGCCGAAGCUACCGUCGCAAAAAUGAGGUUACUUCCUCAUUAUGUGUGACAAGCAAGCGCCAAAGCUAAAAGUCUCUCACUGCGGAGUCCUUUAUGAUGCGAAACAAACUCAGCCGGAGCAAGAAAUGUGUGAAAGAUGCUUCAUGUCCGAGCAAAGACCACUCGCGAACCGUUGACGUGAUAACGUUGGUGGUGUCAGAGUCGAGCUGCUCCAGUGAUGAAGCAUCUCCAGGAGGAGACACAGCUGUUGCUGCUGCAGGCACCUCCACCAAAGUCAAACCACUUCAGGUACAGAGGACGACUUUAUGCACAAGAAACAUUAAAAUUGCACCAAUUUUCCUUCAUGCAACACAGCACGGCAAGAGGAAACGGAGCAGUGAUGGGAAGCUACAUCAGCCUGUGGAGAAGCACCAGGAAGCAGAGCUCCCUCCUCAGACUGAAGAUGUGCAGCUGGUGAAAAGUCAGCAGCAUGUAUCAACAGUUUCUCACCUGACAGAGAGGAGGAGGUCCUGGAGAGGACAGCUGCCCCCCUCAGCUCUGCACAGCUGUCUGGAGGAAAUCCAAACAGCCAACCCAGCAUUUCCAGCCCUAACAGUGUUCAACACUUUGCAGAGGAGAGCAAGUGAAAGGCAGCAGGAUUUUGGACCAACAGCAGAAAAUCUAAGCUCCCAACAGAGCCAUUUAAAAGAGAAAAGGAAAUGGGACAGUGAAAGCUUUGAGAGGAUGCCCAAACGUCUGAGGUCCAGUCUCUCUGCAGAUGGUACUGUUGGUAUGGGACACUGUCUCAUGUCAGCACACAGUGCUCAGGAAGACACUGUCCUGACGGUCAAGAAGCAGCUCAGAAGCAACAAGCUAAGUCGUACUUACAGACUGAGGCAGCUAUGUGAGAGCCCAGCAGGCCUGGUCAACAACUGUGAUCUGAACUCUGGGUUGAUCAAUCACACAGAAUCUCAGAACAAGUCAACCACAACUUCUGACAUCAUCCAGAGAGAUUCCAGUUUCGAGGAUGUUCUCUGGACAGACAAGUACAGUCCUCUGCAUUCAAGUGAAGUAACUGGCAACUCUGCCUCUGUGAACAAACUGCAAAGUUGGUUGAAGAAAUGGAAACUGAGAGCUGGCUGUGACGAGAGGAGAAAAAUAGAGGAGAGGAAACAAGAAGAAAACAGCAGUGACUCAUGGGACUGUGGAGACUUCCAGGGUGAGGCUGGGGCAGAGGGAGACAGAGAGGAGCCGUUGUGUAACACCAUGCUGAUCACAGGACCUCCAGGUGUGGGCAAGACUGCUGCAGUGUAUGCCUGCGCUCAGGAGCUUGGCUUCAAGGUAUUUGAGGUGAACUGCUCCUCACAGCGCAGCGGCCGCCAUGUUCUGUCCCAGCUGAAGGAAGCUACCCAGUCCCACCUAGUGGAGAUAUCAGGAAAGGACCCACUGAAACCAGCUUACUUCAACAACUAUAACAUCAACAGCUGCACUCCGAAAUCUGAGACUUUACCUGGAAAAACCAUGCGCCCCAAAAAUGUUACCUCUACCUCAAAAAAGAGAGAGGCACAGAAAUACAGCCGUAAAGGAAAAGUGAAUCCAGCUGCGGUCACUUUGGCCAACUACUUUAAAAUGAAGGCCAAAGCGGAUCACUUACACUUUGGCGGUCCGUCUGCAUCGCCAUCUGAAAAACCAGUCAGCAAGAAAUUGGGCAACCCAUCACCAGGCUCUGAUCAAACAGUGCCACAGAACAAAAAGACAGCCACAUCACUCAUUCUGUUUGAAGAGGUUGAUGUCAUAUUUGAUGAUGAUGUUGGUUUCCUCGCAGCAAUCAAGACUUUCAUGACGACCACUAAGAGGCCGGUCGUUCUGACCACCAAUGAUCCCUCGUUCAAAGAGAGAUUCAACUGCAGCUUGGAGGAAAUUGUUUUCAAAAUCCCAUCAGCGGUGAACAUCUGUAGCUACCUGCAGCUGGUGGGUUUGGCUGAGAGCGUGCGACUGGACACGGAUGAUGUCAGCAGCCUCCUCACGCUAUCCAGAGGUGAUAUCCGACGCUGUCUGCUUCAGCUGCAGCUCUGGGUGCACAGCGGUGGAGGGCGGGCAUCUCAGAGUGGAGGCUCACUCCAGCCUACUUUUGUGCAGUACUCGAGUGUUACUGAAAGAGGAGACAAUGUAGACUCCCAACUUUCUCGGUGUGGCCCAGGCUGCACUGCUAGCAUGCUUGGUCUCCACCCAGCGACCCUAAACCACCUGCAAAAUCUGCUAAAGUGUCAGUUCUGGUCUGAAAUAGACAUGAUGAAGCUCCUGAGGAUCCUCGCUGAGAGCUGGAGAGGAGGUGCUCCUCUUCUGUACUCUAACCUGGAGCUUCUUCUACCUGUCGGGGCCAAGGGGACUUCAGUCCCCCUCCUUGACAAAGGGACUUGUUCUGGGUUGCAGAGUGAGCUGGCACACACUGACCUCAACCUUCAUGUCCAGCAGCAGGAAGGAUGUGUCAGUCCAAAGGUGUCAGCCACCAACAGCAAAUCUGUGAGAAAUAUCUCCAGACUUAGCAGAAGGAAAAAAUAUAUCCCAGCAGUGUCUCACACCACACCAUCUUGUGGUUUGACAAAAACCCCUCAAAGAACAUCAUUAUCAUCAGAUAGUUCCUCUUGUUCAAGAGACAAGAGUGAACAAAAUGCAGCCAAAGUGGCAACAGACUGUUUGGAUGCCUUGACAGACUUCUUUGACCUCAUGUCGUACCUUGAUUCCACAAUACCAACAGCUGCAGCGCCGCUUGUUUCAGGCUCGUGCCGACCUGAGGCGUUUGUCUGGACAGGAGCUGAGAUGAAGGAUGGUUUGUUGGAUGAGAUCAGCGAGGACGAGGAGGUGGACAGGAUUUGGAACCAGGAGAAGCUGUUGGAUAUCCAGGCUGCAGUUGAGGGCUUGGGGUGUCACAGGUGCUGUCAGCGAGUGUCCGAGGCGUGGACAGAAGCCCAGAAAUAUAGACAGGAACUUGGAGAUGCAAGAUGGGAAAAGCUGGCGGAGAGACUGACACCACCCUCCUCUUCCAGAAGACAGAGUCUCAGCUUUAGUUUUCAACCUUUGUGUCCAGUAAGUACAUCCCAGAGGAGGUAUGAACUGAGCAGGACGGUGCUCAACAGUGAAUCUUUCAGGCUUCUGGGGAACAGACGAGCUGUUAGUGUCGACUACAUGCCAAUCCUCCGCUACAUCUGUCGCUUUCAGAAAGAGCAGCAAAAAAAUGAGGAGCCAGUCAGGUGCCUGAACUACCUCAGCAGCAAACACCUGGGCCUCUCAAAGUCGACCAUUCAGCUCCUGGCAGAAGAUUUUUCAUAGAGAAAAGAACCUUACUACCUCACCUUACUCCAGUCAGUAUUUAUUUUACUGUGCG